ACAGAGCAGAGGAAAAGAGUCAUUGCUGCCUGGCUUCACAUCCACUAUAGUCGCUGUAUAUAAUACACAACGGUACUAAGUGCUACUUUUCGCGGCGAAAUUCACUUUUGCGAUUUUGUCGCACUUUUUUAUAGUGCAUGAGGCGCAUGCUCACAGUAUCAGACGGUGCAGUUGUUUUAUUGAGGAUAUCAAGAGACUUUGAGAGGUUUUAAACAUGACGACUUCAUGGAGUGACAGACUGCAGAACUAUGCAGAUUUGCCUGCCAACAUGGAUGGCCUGGCAAUGAAAAAAUACAGGAGAGAGCCUUACCACAGAGUAUUUGUCAACAGAAGCUUGGCCAUGGAGAAGAUUAAGUGCUUUGGUUUUGAUAUGGAUUACACUUUAGCAGUGUACAAGUCACCAGAGUAUGAAUCUCUAGGCUUUGAGCUGACCGUGGAGCGCCUGGUUUCCAUUGGUUACCCCCAGGAGCUGCUCAGCUUUGUCUACGAUCCGUCCUUCCCCACAAGGGGCCUUGUGUUUGAUACCAUGUAUGGAAACCUGUUGAAGGUCGAUGCCUAUGGCAACAUCCUAGUGUGUGUCCAUGGAUUCAACUUCCUCCGAGGGCCUGAGAUACGUGAGCUGUACCCAAACAAGUUCAUCCAGCGAGACGAUACUGAGCGCUUUUAUAUCCUCAACACUCUAUUCAACCUGCCAGAGACCUACCUCUUUGCCUGCCUCGUGGACUUUUUCUCCAACUGUGACAGAUAUGCAAGCUGUGAAACGGGCUUCAAGGACGGCGAUCUCUUCAUGUCCUUUAAGAGCAUGUUCCAGGAUGUCCGCGAUGCCGUCGAUUGGGUCCACUUUAAGGGAACCCUGAAGGAAAAGACAGUUGAGAACCUGGAGAAGUACGUAGUACGAGAUGGAAAGCUACCUCUUCUUCUCAGCCGGAUGAAUGAAGUAGCUAAGGUUUUCUUGGCUACCAACAGUGACUACAAAUACACUGAUAAAAUCAUGACCUACCUGUUUGACUUCCCCCAUGGCCCUAAGCACGGCACUCCCCACCGGCCAUGGCAGUCCUACUUUGACCUGAUUCUUGUCGAUGCCAGGAAGCCUCUUUUCUUCGGUGAGGGUACGGUGCUUAGACAAGUCGACACGACAACGGGACGUCUAAAGAUAGGAACCUACACAGGCCCUCUGCAGCAUGGCAUAGUCUACUCUGGAGGUUCGUCAGACAUUGUGUGUGACUUGCUGGGGGCCAAAGGUAAAGACAUUGUCUACAUUGGGGACCACAUCUUUGGAGACAUCCUCAAGUCCAAGAAACGGCAAGGCUGGAGGACCUUCCUGGUUAUACCUGAGUUGGCACAGGAGCUGCAUGUCUGGACCGACAAGAGCUCAUUGUUCGAGGAGCUGCAGGGCCUGGACAUUUUCUUGGCAGAGCUCUACAAGCAUCUGGACAGCAGCAGUAAUGAGAGACCAGACAUCAGCGCUAUCCAGAGAAGAGUCAAGAAAGUCACACAUGACAUGGACAUGUGUUAUGGCAUGAUGGGGAGCCUUUUCCGCAGCGGCUCCAGACAGACCCUGUUUGCCUCCCAGGUGAUGCGUUAUGCCGACUUGUAUGCCGCCUCCUUCAUCAACCUGCUCUACUACCCCUUCAGCUACCUCUUCAGAGCUGCACACGUACUGAUGCCCCACGAGUCAACGGUGGAGCACACCCACGUGGACAUCGAUGCGGAGUCGCCGCUCGCCACGCGCAACCGCAGUCAGUGCAGCGACUGCAAGGACCUUGAGUGCAAGCGCAACCAGCUAACGCGCUCCAUCAGUGAGAUCAAACCUCCCAACCUGUUCCCCCAGACCCCCCAGGAGAUUACUCACUGCCAUGAUGAGGAUGAUGAUGAGGAGGAGGAAGAGGAGGAGGAGGAGGAGGAAGAAGAGGAGGAGGAGGAGGAAGAGUAAUAAGCUGGAAAUGCAGUGGAGAGCCAUAUUUUCCAGUUCUUGCCUUCUUAACGGUUCCCCAGUGGUGUUAGGUGGUUUUCUCUCUCAGCUCUGAGGCAGGGAGGAAAUCCAUUUUCAGUGUGUGUUGGUGUGUAUGUGCAUGUAUCAUACACACACUGACACAUACACUGGAGAUUUCUCAAGAGAAGUAUAAAGGACCAAGAGCUAGCUCGAUCAUGUUACUGUCACAAGACUGUAUGCUUGCUUGGUCCUCGAAACCUUACCCUUUCCCAAUUUCAUAAUGGGGGAAAAGCCCAUUGUUUUUUAAUUGUAAUAGUCAGAAAAUAGAGCUGUUAGUGGACCUUACGAAAAGUGGAUGAAGCAAAAUUUAGUUCGGGGUUUAUAUAUUGUUUGUCCCAUUAGGCAGACAGAGUGCACGCUCAAGUAAAUGUUCAUCACUAUUUUUCACUACCUUUCUUAAGCUAACUUUUUAAAAACCGGUGGUGGACUAAAUAGUUGUGUUUACAUUUACAUUGUAAACCAUCAUGGCGAUGGUUGAUUUAUCAGUAUACCGUAGUGUGAAUGUUUCAUUUCCAAGCAGACUAGCCUUUCCAAGCCAGUAUGCACAGUAUGACAAAACUGUUGCUAUUAUCCCAUUUAAAUUAGAAACACUAUUCAGGUACGGCACUGACAGAACGUGCACAGUGUAGUGAACUACCACAACAUGUUUGUGUGCAACAUGGGAACGACGGUCCAAUUUUUACUCAGUUUGUCUCAUUUUGUCUGUUUUUCUUGUCAUUUUAGAAGAUUAACUCUCUUGUAACUUCUGGAAGUAUGUCAAAAUGUGUGUGUAGGUGUGUGUGUGUGUGUGUCUGUUCUCUGCCAAAGUAGACUUGCACAGUAGCAUCCGGAAUGAUUGUAAGCUCAACAUCCACUAUACUAAUUGAAGCACAGGAGUUGUGUCCACUCGGGCACACAAAGCACAAGUGUGACUGUGGAUGACCGGGUCAGCGUUGGACAGAUCUGUGGGGUUUGGUUAAAAUCAUACUGUGGCAUGUGAGCGACUGUUCAGCUAACGUUUCGAAAUGUGAGCACUGUUACCCAGCAACAAUGAGGACAGAGUCACCCUAAGCUAUGACAACCUUGAAGUACAGUAGUGCUACUGUAAAUAGCAUCAUAAGCUAACAGGUGAACAGCUUCUGCCUUGUACUGUUUUCUUUUUUUUUUCAUGGUAUUUAUACUGUGCAAAUGCCACGUAAACACCAUGUGCAGCUAACAUGCAUCAUUUUCUUAACUCAGCUUGGUUAUCUCAGUCGGCUGAAACUGCAGUAUUGCAUCUGACUAAUUCAGAACACUUUUUGCGAUGUUCUACAGUUCUGUUCAGCUCAAGCCAUGUCCAAGAUCCCGAUAUGUGUGAGGUGAUGGUUAUGGUGUCAAAUGUGUCUUUUUUUUUUUCUUUUUUUUUUAACGCAAGAAACAGCCUGGAAUCGGAGCAAGUGGCCUUGGUAUGCAAAGAGGGAAGUGAUUCUUAGUGGCUUGGGUGGUGUGGUCUUGUACAUUAUAGUCAAGGCUGUUUUUAAAUGCUUAAAUAGUUGGAUUAAGUUUAACUGCUUAGCUCUACUGGGUAAUGCAAGUGUUUGGCUUCAGACAAGGCAAAUCACAUGUGACUGUGUUGAAUGUGCCCUCUUUGGGGCAUCUUCUUGGUUUCGGGGCAGAGGGCGAUGGGAUCGUGAUGAUGCAGGAACAUGUGCAGUAUUCUGGUGUCGGGCUUCUGAACACUGUGAGGUGUCCACGUCAUUGAAGUGUUGGUUCUAGCUUUAGAGAGCUUUUCAAAGCAGCCAGUUUGACAUGAAAUAACAGGGUAAACACAGGUGUUACUCAUGAUAUUAAUAAAGAUUAUGCCCCAUUUAAGUGUAGCAGACAAUAGCCCCUGGCUCUGAUAGACGUAAAUGGAUCAGAAUCUGAUUCAGUGUCAUCAGCGACACCGGUGUGUGCCCUGUCAAAACUGGCUGCGGUGAAAAAUGAGGUUUAUUAGCUGUAAACUGGAAUGAAGACUUUGAACACUUGUCUUCACAUCGCUUUGAAUUUGACAGGUCAGUGAAACACACAAAGCAUUCUGGCACUUUAAGCUUACCGGAUGUAAGCCAGGUAUCCUUGCCACAUCGACAUAUGCCCCCUUUUGAACACAUAAUCAGUGACGGUAUGCAGAGAAGAGAACUGCCAGGAACUUAAGGUGGAAUAGGCGACUUCUGAGGUUUUUCUUUCCUUCCUUUUUAAUAACCAGUGUAUCCUAUGAGUUCACUUUCCUUCUUUCUAUUUAGUCUCGUCAUGUCGUAGAUUAGUCUUCUAGGUGUCGGCCCAUUGAUUAGGGCCAAGAAAGGGAAGGGACAUGUGGCCUACUAUUUGCAUAAUUUUAGUUUUAGCUCGGCAACGGGGUGGAGGAGAGGUGAACGUGUCUGUGUGAAUGUUCAACAGCAACUCUGUGAUGAUUUCAUGAGUAGAAACCAGUAGAGAGAACUAUAUUAGAGCAGUUCAAGUAUAAUUUUUAUAUAACUCUGUGAAAUAUUUGUAUUCUCCGAUUUGAUUUUGUUUUUGAAUAUAAAAAUAACUGGAUAUGCUACUACAUGAGGCAGCUGCAGUGCUCGUAAUAAAUAGCUGACUGGUCGUUUUCUUUAGCAGUCCAGGGCGCAGUGCAUAUGCAUGUGGAAAUACUACGGUUUGACUAAUACAAGCAUAUCCCAAUCGUGCCAAGGUUGUUAUGGUAGAUUUGGUUAAGAGUUCUAUGUGGGCUGCAUCUUUUUUCAGCAGGGGCUUUUUGACAUUUGACGCUAUCAGUUAUUGAAGAAAAAAAAAAAAAACGAAACAAAACGUCAACCUGUAAAAGAUUUGAAGAGAAAAUGAAGGGAAAUGUGAACAGCAUGUUAAUCACCUUAAACAAGAAGUGGCACUUGUAAGCAAUGCUAUGGGGCGUUUGACUUUAUUUUUUCUAACCUAGUGUUUUUAAAUGGUCUUGGUUUACAGUAUUGUAAAUAGGCCUUUCCAUUUCCGUAUACUGGGCAUCUUUUUUUGUCCAAUAACAUUUUUUUUCUUGACUUGUUUCAGUAACUCUUUUAUACAGUAACAAGCUAGAUUUUUAUCCAUUUUUAUGAUGCCCAGAGUGCGUCCACAUUAGCAGCGGGUGCCAGUCAUUCAGUUAUUUUAAUUACAGUAAUCUUUUGUUAUGUGCAUAUCACUUUAUGUUCCUUUGAAUGGUUUUUUGUUUUCCAGAAUUAUCCUACAGGCUGUACAUUGGGAAAUUACAUAAAAAAAUGUACAAUAAAGAAAAUUUUUCAUAAA